AUGGGUCCCACUUCACAAAGCAAGUGCUUCUUCCUCACGGAGCGAACCAGGGUAUGAUUUGAGAAUUCGAUUCAGUCGGCAGAACCUGAAUUCCGUCAAAAUCCUUCGAUAAUCAAUUAUGGGCGAAUUCAAUUUGAAAAAAUUCAAAUCCUUGAAAAAGCCAUAGGGGGAACCAAUGGCUGCCACUUCGCUGAUGGACACACUCUUCCAACGCACGCUAGAGGACCUAAUCAAGGGCCUACGACAGGCCGGAAACGAUGCCGCUUUCAUAUCCAGAUCGGUGGACGAAAUCCGCCGCGAGAUCAAGUCGACGGAUUCCCACACGAAGUCCGUCGCAGUCCAGAAGCUCUCUUACCUCAACUCUCUCCACGGCGUCGACAUGUCUUGGGCCGCCUUUCACGCCGUGGAAUGCGUCUCGGCCUCGUCUUUUGCUCACAAGAAGGCUGGCUACCACGCCAUCACACAGUCCUUCAACGACUCAACCCCGGUCCUCCUCCUCAUCACCAAUCAGCUCCGCAAGGAUCUUACCAGCACUAACAGCGAGUUUGAGGUGAGUAUGGCUCUAGAAUGCUUAGCUAGAAUCGGUACUGUCGAUCUUGCUAGAGAUUUGACUCCCGAGAUAUUUACUUUACUUUCAAGCUCUAAGCUUUCAGUGAGAAAGAAAGCAAUUUCUGUGAUUUUGAGGGUUUUUGAGAAAUACCCGGAUGCAGUUAGGGUCUGCUUUAAGCGCUUGGUAGAGAAUUUAGAGAGCAAUGAUCAGCAGAUUUUGUCUACAGUUGUGGGUGUGUUCUGUGAGCUAGCUUCUAGGGAUGCCCGAUCAUAUCUACCAUUGGCGCCUGAGUUUUAUCGUAUUUUGGUAGAUUCUAAGAACAACUGGGUCUUGAUCAAGGUGUUGAAGAUUUUUUCCAAGUUUGCGCCUCUCGAGCCAAGGCUUGCCAAGAGGGUUGUGGAGCCAAUUUGUGAGCAUAUGAGGAGGACUGGCGCUAAAUCUUUGCUGUUUGAGUGUGUUAGGACUGUUGUCACUAGCUUGACUGAGUAUGAAUCUGCAGUCAAGCUUGCUGUUAUGAAGAUUAGAGAGUUUUUGGUUGAUGAAGAUCCAAAUCUUAAGUAUCUUGGAUUGCACUCAUUGUCCAUUCUAGCUCCCGAGCACUUGUGGGCAGUUUUGGAGAAUAAAGAGGUUGUCAUUAAGUCGUUGAGUGAUGCAGAUCCUAAUAUCAAACUUGAGUCACUGCGCCUUGUGAUGGCAAUGGUGUCCGAGAGUAAUGUGGCUGAAAUUUGCAGGGUUUUGUUCACAUAUGCAAUAAAGUCUGACCCUGAGUUUUGCAAUGAGAUUCUUGGUUCUAUUUUAUCUACUUGUGGUAGGAAUGUAUAUGAAAUUAUUAUUGAUUUUGAUUGGUAUGUGUCCCUUCUUGGGGAAAUGUCUAGAAUUCCACAUUGCCAAAAGGGGGAAGAAGUUGAAAACCAGCUGAUUGAUAUUGGUAUGAGAGUUAAAGAUGCUCGACCAGAGCUUGUUCGUGUUGGUCGCGAUUUGUUAAUAGAUCCUGCUUUACUUGGUAGUCCUUUCCUUCACAGGAUACUAUCUGCUGCUGCUUGGAUAUCUGGCGAGUAUGUUGAGUUCUCAAGGAACCCAUUUGAACUCAUGGAAGCAUUGUUGCAGCCUCGAACAAAUCUCUUACCAACAUUGAUACGGUCAGUUUAUGUUCACUCUGCUUUCAAAGUAUUAGUUUUUUGUGUGCGGUGGUACAAUGGAACCCAUUUGAGUUCUCAAGGAACCCAUUUGAACUCUGGUUCCUCAGCAUUUGUUGACAAUUUGGCAACCAGAGUUUCCGAAUCAGCAUCUACAAUGGAAUGCCCAGAAGGUUCUGAUAUAAGGACAUUUGAACCGCAUGAGGGUUUCAACCCAAGGGUUUCCAGUCAAGUAGUUGGGGAUCUCUCAAUAGAAGAUGGCGGGAACUUAAAUCUCAGUAGUUACCAGGCAUCUAAAUCUUCUGCUCAAGAGAACACUCUUUUAACACAGGACUCUAUUCUUAGCAUGCUAAAUCUAAUUGUAUUGACUUUGGCCCCCCUCUCUGGAAGCAAUGAUGUGGAGCUACAAGAGAGAACAAGAAAUGUUCUUGGAUUUGUUGAUUUGGUAAAGAAAGAAAUAUCUAAUUCUUCACUUAAGAAAGAAGGGAAUUUUGAGAAAGAUGUGGGAGCUUCACAGAUUAUUGAUAUGAUCUGUGAUGCCUUUUCUGAGGAGCUUGGUCCAGUCUCUCUCAGUGCUCAAGAAAGAGUCUCUGUACCAGAUGGGUUAGUGCUUCUAGAGAAUCUUGCUGACCUGGAUGCUAUCUGUGGAGAUGUUCAAUUACCUUCCUUAAACCUGUUUUCUUCUGGGAAUCAUUUUGGGGAGAGUGUUACUGUUGCUGCAUUAAACCUACAUAGCAAAGAAGAGUCAGAACCAUCAGGGGAGUUCACUUCUCUGCUUGCAGAACACCGUAAGCGUCAUGGGUUGUAUUAUCUUCCUUCAGAAAAGAAUGGAUCUGAAUCAAAUGAUUAUCCACCUGCUAAUGACCCUAACUCACACGAUAUUCUUGAUGCUGGUGCUGAUGCUGAAGAUCUAGUUAAGCUUACCGCACAGUCACUUGUCACAAAGAAAAAAUCAACCCAUGCAAAGACUAGGCCUGUGGUGGUGAAGUUGGAUGGAGAUGAAGCACCUAUUUCCUCUAAAAAACAAGAUAUGGAGGAUGAUUCAUUAUCUGGUGCUGUUAGGGAUAUUCUUCUAGGCGCUGAAGCAGUGCCUGCAUCUCGAAGUAAUCAAGCUAUCAAUUCAUCCACUAAGAAUAAAGGGAAGGAGAAACUUUAUUUUGCUUCUGAUUCAAAAGAAAACAUAGGUGGUGGAGAAAAGCCAGACAGUGGAAAUCCAAGUUCGAGAAGAAGCAAACACAAGAGUCAUGGCAAAGAGAGGAGACGAAAAAGUCAGACGAAGAAGGAUACUGAAGAAAGAGAUGAAACUGACCAGAAUGAGAAGCGAAAAAGUAGUCAUCGCGAUGGUAAACAUAAAGCUCGUGAAAGAGCAGAGGGGCCAUUAAAUGUAGUUCCCCCAUCACCAGUUAUUCCUGAUUUCCUUUUAUAGCAUACAUGUACUGAUCAAGUGCUACUAUUAGUGGUUGUUGCAGCAAGAUCGAUUUUUUUUUUUUUUUGCUAACAUCUUGUUGUCCCAAGGUUAGUUUUACUGGAGAUCUUGUAAAUUUCUUUUGUUGUUGAAUACUUGAAUUUGUGCUUUCCUUGA